AUGACCGAGUAUAAGCUGGUAGUUGUUGGAGGUAAAAAACUUUUUAAAGUUUUAAACAUGUUCUUCCGAUUUAGCUGGCGGCGUUGGAAAGAGUGCAUUGACGAUUCAGCUUAUACAGAAUCAGUAAGUAGUCUUUAAGUCUUUAUUGCUUCCUAGUUUCGUCGAUGAGUAUGAUCCUACGAUAGGCAAGUUUUCCCUGCGUUAUCGAACUUAUCUCUACAGAGGAUUCAUACCGAAAACAAGUCAACAUAGAUGGCGAAACUUGCAUGUUGGAUAUCCUCGACACAGCAGGUCAAGAGGAAUACAGGUAUCUCGAAUUUCCUUAUUUUAUCUUCUUAGUGCCAUGCGAGACCAAUACAUGCGAACAGGAGAGGGAUUUCUGUGCGUUUUUGCUGUAAACAAUGCGAAGAGUUUUGAGGAUAUAGGGCAGUACCGGGAGCAAAUUAAACGCGUCAAAGAUGCAGACGAAGUCCCCAUGGUUUGUAAGUCACUCGCGCCGUUUCUGUAUUCUUCCUUUCUUAGUAAUUGGUAAUAAAGUUGAUCUCCAAGUGCGGACCGUUGAUGCCAAAAACGCCCAAUCCGUCGCGAGAGAAUAUGGUAUCCCGUACAUCGAGACUUCCGCCAAAACUCGUCAAGGAGUAGAAGAGGCCUUUUUUACGUUGGUUCGGGAAAUACGGAAGUUUGUAAGUGGCGUGUUUGUCCUACGACUGAUUGGAUUUUCUCUCGAAAACUUGAACCUUAUUCUAUGCGUCAUGCAUUUCCUUUUUUCAUUGUGUCGCCGUAAACUAUGGAAAUCUGUAUUAGAGAUCGGAUCUUAAAAUCCAUCAAAUAUGCGAUUCAGCCCAUCCUGCCUUUUUCGACCUCACGAAGUAACGAACAAAAUCUGCCCCAGCAUUCGGACUUGCGAUUCGUAGUUUAUCUUCGACCUAUGCCGUGUUUGAAAGAGACUAUGCGAGAAUACCAAUGACCUACCAGCUCUUACUUUAGGUCAUGUCACAUGAAUUCUAACAAGUUGCUGAAUUCACAGCAUCCCGGGUUUUUAAGGUUGAACUGAAGUUCCUACCACGGAUUGGUCUUCACUGCUAUUUGACUUUGCCGUCUGUAACAUUAGCGAUAAAUGCAUUGGGUGUUUAAUUGCCUACUUUAAAUAGGGAUUUGUUGGUGAUGGCGAAGUCAGUCCCCUGCGGUAGACAUUCUCGCACCUUGUACUUGCAACAGUUAGAACCUGUAUUAAUUUAGUUUGCUUCAACGUUAGCGGCAUCAAGACCAUUGUGGCUCGUAUCCUCCGGUUUUUUGAUGGGUCCUCAACAAUCGCCAUUUAUUUAUCGUUUCAUUCCCGCACACCGAAGACAGUCAGACUUGACACCCUCUCCAGUACGAAGUCAACUAUGUCUGUCCGCUUUUUGGCCGGCCGCCAUUACUACUGUCGUCGGGUAAGGGGUUGACCGGAUGACAGCGAAUCUCUCUACCUCCUUCAAGUUGUUUUGACUUUUAGCGGUCAUAAUGUCCACUGAAAAACUAGUUUCGUGAUUCGUCGGGUUGUUUGAUUUGGGGACAACAAUUUUCUUUCUGUCCGGCGUCUGAUCUACAACUACUACCAGGGUAGGCGUUCGCCCAAUUACUCCGGAAGUCAUCGGCCUAUCGUCCUUCCCCAGCAUUUUUAAUGUCUACCUAUUUUUUCUACUGCGUCCUCCCUGAUGGUGAUGAUCUGGUCAGUUUCUCGGUGCGUUGAACCUCGAAGGCACGAAAUAAACACCUAAAUCAGUGACUUAUAACUGCAUGUUCUAUAGCGCGUGCGUUUAGUCUUCAAUGCAAUUCUGCCUCCGGGACACAGUAUUGUGUAGACGGCGCCUCUUUCAAUGUCUACCUCAUUUUAUCGAUGUGGGCAGACACACACUUAAAUAUUUGAAAUAAGCGAUGAAAAUUUAAGGCAUAUUUGAGAAGAUAAAUGUGAGUAUACAUAAGGUGUAAAGCAAGCCCCGUAACUCUGUCCCUUUAAACGCUUGCCGUUUGAUCGGACCUAUUUAGGCACAUUUCAAACUGGUGACAACACAGCAAUGUCAUCAGCGGCACGCAAGAUUAGAGGUAAUGGGUGUAUAUCUUACUUGCAUACCGAGCAAACACAAAUUGUCAUGGAGAUUAUCGCACUAGUGCGGAAGUUUUAGCUUGACAAAGGUAGAUUAAAGCCUUGGAGAGUGCUGACCACUGCAAGUAUGCAAGUGCCGUAUCGUGUUCGCGUCAGGUUUGAACAACAGGCCCCAGUAGGUCAUUAGUGUGUAGACGAGAAGUAGAAGAGAGAAAAGGCAAUACUGCUAGGGAGAAAUCCUUCAAUUCAAUGUUCCCCUUACCAUAGUAAAUCUGACUCGCCGGAGAUUGUUAGAACACGCUAAGAAUCAUUGGUAAAAGGACGACAGCUGACCGGAUAACGCGGUCUGCAUUUUGAGCGAAGUCUGACUGCGAUAGCUCUUUAGUGUGUCAUUCGUGGCAUCUAUCACAUGUGAAAUCUGAGCCCGUGUAUAACGCGUUAGACUUCUGCAUCUGCGUGCAUUACGCAUCCCCGGCUUUUCUAGAACAGGCCUCUGGCACUUGGCUGAGGUAAGGCAGAGUGAGGUCAGUCUGGCUCGGAUGUUAGCCAAACUAUUAACUGCUCUUUAAAACUCACGACGCCAGCCACUGAUCGGGCCUUGGGAAGUCGCCAUUCAAUGGAGAUAACUUUCUUCACUUAGGAUUGGAAGUCAGACUGUAAUGGCCCUAUAAUAUGGCCUCCGUGACACUAAACCGCGUCUUCCUUCCUGAAUAUGGCCUGAUAUGUGUGGACUUGGGAAGCGGACGGUGAGUAGCGUGCGUCUUUCAUCUGAACUUUAUCUCGCAGUCCGAACACAGUGGGUAAAAGAGAAUGUGGCAAAUGCCGCGAAAGUCAGGACUACGCCAUGCUAUGGCGCGGUGGGUCUCGUCAUUUGCACCGGUCAAGUCAUCAUGUCUUUCGUCCUGAUAUUUGACGCCCUAAGUGAAAGUCUGGUCCUUGUUAAAAGCAUCUUUAUGGCCAGAGACAAAUCGUGUCUGCUAUGUUAAGUACGCUUUGGGCACCAGAGCUCAAAUAGAUGUGGUUUCUACAUGUACUCUCCCAAAGAUUCGACGUUCUCUCUAUGAAUUUCGAAGCAGAAACAUUCGUUCAGAUAAGUAUUUUAUGAUAUUGACUGCUUCACAGGCCGUUCAUUCCAAAGAAGUCCGUGAUAGUGCUUUAAUUUGACGUGCUAUUCUAGUUUGGCGACCGUGCUCUCUCCUCCACCGCUUGUAGUUUGCCUGUCCGUGGAUAAUAUUCUUUACUGUCUGACAAUCAUGCAACUCAUCAACUUUUCUCGCGCCCUUUCAAGAUUACACGCUGUCGACUAUUGACAGAAGGCAACCAAGCCCUGAAGGCCACAAAUACGUUAUGUAGACGGGGCCACUUUGUUAACUUCCUUUGAACGUAAAGAGAAGCCGAUGGCUGAUGUAAAAGUCCUAAAGCGGAUAUUUUUCCACGCUAUGAACCCGCAUGGCUUAUUACCUUCAUUUAACAAUGUCUAAAAUAUUGAGACUGAUCCGUCGCAUAUUUUCCUCGCUACAGUAAAAUUGCCAUGAUACGGUAGGAGUCGUCACUUCAAAGACUUUCAGUUGACAGAGUUGCUGACCUUCAUGGAAUCAGGUUUUUGGCCUGACGUUUCGGAUCCUCACCCUAACCCAUCAUUAGAGACAGUUGCAGAUAGACCGUCUCUGAUGAUGGGUUCGGUGAGAAGCCGAAAUGUCAGUCUAAUAAACUUCUCGCUCCAGUGAUCGCAUCAUCUGCUUCUGGACUGCUUCCUGUAACUCGCCUGUUGGUAUCUAUCACGCAUCUACUAGUCUAAGCUGACGUUCCAAAAGUCUUCACAUUAGGGCUUGGCAGCCGAUUGAAUGACCCGAUCCUCCGGACUGAGGAUCAGGCUGCAACGGCACCUUAGUGUGUCUUUGUAGCACUUUCACGCACGUGAGGAUCAAGCCGUCCUCAUUGUGGUCUGGCACAUGUGGAGGGACAGCCUGUGGCACGCGUAGACGGGCUGCUUACUGCGCCCUUGCCCACCUCACUAUAUUAAAUCUGACGCGCUGGAACCUACCGGGACGCGCCAGCAGCCAUACCUUGGGAGGUUUCCAACUGAUGGGAUAACUCAGUCCUUCCCAGAACCGAGAAUUAGGCUGCAAUGUCUCCUCAGCGUACCCUUUAAGGCACUUCCUCUAUUGUGAAAUCCAAGUCGCUCUUAUUGUAACCCGGCACAUGUGGCGGGCAGGGGGCAGUGUGUAGCACGCGUAGACGCGCCUUUUAUGGCGUCCUCGCCCAGCCGCCCUGGCACAGUCGGAGUGGGGUCGGGCCGUAUGGUUCCUUGGUAUGGCCUUUUUAAGGAAAUUACCCCUUAGGCCUUACGAUACUCGUCUUUGAAGUCCUGUUCGUGUACGCGCAAGGUCUGGCGCCUGCGUCCUACACGUAGAGACGGCUUGACUUGUGUUUGGGACGAACAACAGAGAAUGGGACUGACAAAGGGGAAUCAAUCCGCAUGGCACCUCGGUGUAGUCCUCACUAUCCCGAAUCUGACGCGCUGGCUUGGCAGGUUGCCAACUGUUGGAACAACUUGGUCCUCAUUGGAGUAUUUUGGAGGACUGCGAGUCAGGCUGAAAUGAUCCCUGAAAUGACACUCAGCCAGAUGAGAUCCGUACCGCCCACACGGAAGCCCGGUUCGUGUAGUGGCUUGCGUCCGAGGCCACCCCCUGACGUUUUUUGCAAUUCUGUCUAGCUGUAAACUCAUUCACACACAAGUCACCGUCCUGUGCUCUCUCCCUGGGGUACACGACGGUGGCCUUCGUCACCCACGACGAUUGAACUGUCCAUGGCUUUACCGUCCUUAGUCACUGUAAUUUACCUAGCCUUCAGUCGUCUUGAGGCAGUACUGUCCACGCAGUAGAUGGGGAGCGUGAGGGAAGGUACGGAGGCAGUGUGUUAUUACCGACAAAGACAAGGGAGACUGGAAUGGCCAUUUCUGGCAUAUUAGCCGUCGUCAACCAGUCAUACCCAAUCCCGAAGUGUGGAACACCCAUAAGGCACAACGGAAUGAGUGAGUUUCGUAAGAACGAUCGAUGAGCGCCCCCUACUGUUGUAUAUUCCCAAUCGAAGCCGACAGGGCAACGGGCACGUAGCCCAGUGGUUAGAGGCGUGGACUUCUAACUAACAGGUCGCGAGUUUGAGCCUCGGGUGUUCCACACACUUCGGGGUUGGUUAUGACUGACAGACGACGGCUAAUAAGCCAGAAUUGACCAUUCCAGUCUGCCUUGUCAUUGUCGGUAAUAACACACUGCCUAUAUAUCAUGCGCCGCUGUGCGGCUGCUGGUUGGGCCCGAGAGAGAGCCCGUAAGGCACAACGGGACGAGUGAGUUCCGUAAGAACGAUCGGUGAGCGCCCCCUACCAGAGGUAGUGAGGUCGUGUUGCGCGGGUCAUACUGUUGUCCAAAUCACGCGCAAGUCGCCCCUACGAUCUCUCCAAGGCACUGGUUGUCCUCUUCGCCUACGACAGACAAACCGUUGUGUGGGCGUUUCGGACUUACGUCGUCGUCGUCGUCGUCGUCGUCGUCGUCGUCGUCAUCGUCGUCGUCGUCGUCGUCGUCAUCCAGUACGUUGCCUAUGAUUCUGAUCUCCAGCAGAAGUAA